AGAACCUGCAGGGUGUUUGGUCCUGGAGGACUGGAGAUGGUGACCCCAGGUCUGCAGGACACAUCCUGGUCGCUGGACUCCCCCUCUCACAGUCUGAGCUUUAUGGUAGUUCUGUGUGAUUUGAAGGUGUCAGUGUUUCUGUUGCAUGGCCACUAGAGACUGCUGCAUCCAUUCAGUUUUCCGGUUGAUCUGAGAGUUCAGCUUCCUCCCAACAAGGGAACAAACCAUCAUUCUGUCUGAAACCAGCAGCUGAGCGAGUCGUUCCUGAGUCCUGGAAGCUUCGUGACUCGGAGAGGAAAUCCUCUGGAUUUUUUGGGAUAUUUUCAUUCAUAGAAGAAGAAUAUAAUCUGGUUUGAAACUAAGAAUAGCCGACCCCAGAAACAGUGAGAGGUUUCAUUAUUGAACAAAACCAGAGCCCCCCCCAGCAGGUAAGUCUAGCAGGAGGUCAUCCUUAUGGUGGCUGCUGGGAGUUCAGCCAUGGGCAAUGGUUCAAUAAAAGUCCCACGGACUGAGAACAGCUGUUUGACCUCCAUCCACACAGAGCCGACCACCCUGGACUCUGACAUCCUCAGGGUGAGAAUCAUCCACUUGGAGGCAGAGCUGGCUCAUCGAGACCAAGAGCUUCAUGCCCAGGAGCUUCAGCUCCAGCAUCUCCAGAAGGAACUAGAAGCCAAGGUCUCCCAGAUUGAGAAGCUCCAAGACGCGAUUUGUUACAACAAAGACAUGGUUCCUUCACCUUCGGCCCUUCGCCACCUCAGCUGUCACUGCUUGAGUGUCAUCAACCAGGGUCCCAGUCGCUUCCACAGAGCGGCUUUGGAAGUCCAUCGUAGGCUCAAAGCAAAGGAAGGUGUCUCUGCGGAGCCAACAUCUGAGAACUUCUGUGGAGGGCUCAGAACCUCAGAAAUGUCUUUUACAAAGGCCCUUCGUAAAGACUCACACACCCGGAGGCUCAUCAGCGAUGCCUUCAUGAGCAACGACUUCCUAAAGAAGCUGGAGCCGCAGCACAUGAGAGAGAUGGUGGACUGCAUGUAUGAGACAAUUUACGCUGAGGAACAGCUGGUCAUUCAGGAAGGAGAUGCUGGAAAUUACCUCUAUGUCCUGGCAGAGGGCUUACUGGAGGUGAUCCAGACUGGGAAGCUGCUGGGACGGAUGCAUCCUGGGACAGCAUUUGGAGAACUGGCCAUCCUCUACAACUGUAAAAGAACAGCUACGGUUAGAGCUGUGUCACAGUCUCACAUCUGGGCCCUGGACCGUCAGACCUUUCAGACUAUUAUGAUGCAGACCACUCAAGCCACACAUGAGGAGUACUUCAGCUUCCUGCGUAGCGUGUCUCUGCUCCACGAACUUCCAGAGGAGAAACUGUCCAAGAUUGUCGACUGUCUUGAAGUAGAUUAUUUUGAAAAGGGGGAGUACAUCAUCCGAGAGGGAGAGGAAGGGAACACCUUCUUUAUCAUUUCAAAGGGAGAGGUCAUCGUCACACAAAAGACCGAAGGACUCGCUGAACCACAGAAAAUCAAGACUUUGGGAGUCGGGGACUACUUUGGAGAAAAAGCUCUCAUCAGCGAGGACGUUCGUUCAGCCAACAUCAUCUGUAAUGAGAACGACACACAAUGUCUGGUGGUGGACAGAGAGAACUUCAACCAGAUGGUGGGAACAUAUGAGGAGCUUCAGGCUUACCUGAAGGACUAUGUCAGAGAGCUCUCCAUAAGUGAUGAGAGGAGGAAUGCCCAGACACACCCACCUAAGGUUGACUCUGCAGAAGUCCAAGAACUCCAGAGGCUGAGGGACAGGGUUGCUCUGCUGCUGGAACACCAACCAUUCCAGGAGCUGGAGGUCAUCGCUACGCUGGGUGUAGGGGGGUUUGGACGAGUGGAGCUGGUGAAGCUGAAGGAUGAAGACACCACAUUUGCCCUGAAGUGCAUCAAGAAGAAGCACAUCGUGGACACCAGGCAACAAGAGCAUGUCUACUCGGAGAAAAACAUCCUUCAGCAAACAAACUCAACAUUUAUCAUCCGAUUUUUUCGAACCUUUCGGGACAAUAAGUUUGUUUACCUGCUGCUGGAGGUGUGUCUGGGUGGAGAGCUUUGGACCGUCCUACGGGACAUGAGUUAUUUUGAUGACCUUACAGCCCGGUUCUGCACUGGUUGUGUCCUAGAGGCCUUUGAUCACCUUCACGCCCUGGGGGUUAUCUACAGAGACCUGAAGCCUGAAAACCUCUUACUUGAUUCACAAGGUUAUGUAAAAAUGACAGAUUUUGGCUUCGCUAAAAAGAUUGGAGCUGGGAAAAAGACAUGGACGUUCUGCGGGACUCCAGAGUACGUGGCACCAGAAGUCAUCAUGAAUAAAGGUCAUGAUUUUGGAGCCGAUUGUUGGUCCACAGGAAUCCUCAUUUUCGAACUUCUCACUGGGAACCCACCGUUUUCAGGCUCGGACCCCAUUAAGAUCUACACAACGGUCCUCCACGGGAUAGAGAAGGUGGAUUUUCCCAAGAGGAUAGGCAAACGUCCAGAUGACCUCAUCAGAAGAUUGUGCAGGCUGAACCCAGCGGAUCGGUUGGGAAACAAAAAGGAUGGAAUAAUGGACAUCAAGAAACACAAAUGGUUUCGAGGCUUCAACUGGGAGGGUCUGAGAUGUCGUCAGCUGGUGUCUCCCCUGAGGAGACAGCUAACGGGACCAAUGGAUCACAGCUACUUUGACAUCUUCUCGCCCGACACAGAAGAGCCUCCUGAUGAAAUAUCUGGAUGGGAUAAAGACUUCUGAGGAUUCUGAUUAUAAAAACUUGAGUCAACAUCAGGAACACGAGGACUGAAGGAACAUCUGUAAGCAAGGCCGGAUUAACCAUAUGGGCAACUGGGCAACUGCCCAGGGCCCACGAACUCUAAAGGGCCCAGGGCAGCAAGGGCACGAGCAAAAUACUGUAUCUGUAAUCUCCCGCUUUAUAUUAAACUAGUGUGACCGUACGUCCUCUUUUCCCCGGACAUGUCCUUUUCACUCUCUGUCCGGACUGGGGGGUUCUUGAUGAAAAUGUCCGGCUUUUCAUCCAGGAGCCGGGAUCGAAUUAUGUUUGAGCUGGAUAUCCAAGGGGAGCCGGAAAAAAGUGUUCUACCUGUAUUACAUCAUUUAUGGACUCUUUUGAGCAGUGAGCACAGAGAGCGGCACAGCGCUCCAGGCUGCUGCGUCCAGCGCACGGUCCAUUCUCAAAGUGGCGCAACCAAAAAACUGUAAUUAGCACACGAUCGUUCAUGUCCGCAAAUGUUCUCUGCUUUCUGUCUUAUCUGUGCCUGAAGCGCUCUGCUACUGCGGAGCUCAUCACCUGUGCUGCGGUGAUUUCACCUCACUGACACAGCAUCGAAACGCGCUCUCCGCUUUGUGGUCAGGAGAUCCCUUUGAUCUGCUCAGAAGUAACUGAUGAGGUGAAAAAGUAAGAAUCCAUGCAACAGUUUUUCUGGAGAGUUUAGAGGAGAUGCAGGAAGAAGAGAGACAGACAGGACAGGAAAAUAGUUCAAUAAAAACAAGAAAACAAAACUAAGUGUUGAAAAGUAAAAUGUAGAUUUAUCUCCACUACACGUUUUUACCUGUAUAAAGCAAUAAGUUAUACACAUGUAAUAUUUAUACAUCUGAUACAGUUAAGAUCACCUUCAAAACUCAGUCACACACCCAGGGCCGUUUCAACACAUUUUGGGGACCAAGGCAAAAUGAUCCCCCAGCCCCCAUAACUGGGCUCCCCAGAAGCCUCUGUGUAAUCCAUACCCUCUCCAAGAGUAUUAGUUAUACAGUGUUUGUAAAAAACCCUCAGACAUUACUGACAUGUUCUAAUAUUAUCAGAUGAAAAACUAAAAGAUCAGACAUGCUGUCUCAUCUGCUGCUUUUUUAAACUUGCAAAAAGUAACAAAACCAUUUGAAAGCCACUAUUUGUGGAUUCUCUGAAAGUUUCCAUGGAGUGUGUGACAACUUAUUUUUUCACUGACCCCGUCGUCUAAUCUCACAGCUGAAACAAGCAUCCUUAAUAAUCUGUGCACAGGAAGCUUACCGAUGCUGUAGUAAAACAAAAGGUAUAAUAAUUUAUUAUUAAUACAAUCUUGUUGCAGCACUAAAGCAGAAAAAUUAGAUUUUGCAAUAAAUAUGCUAAAUAUUUACAUAUGAAUUGUAUUAGAGCCCUUUAAUUGGCAGAAUCUGAUAUUAAUUUUAGUUCUUACAAAGAAAUAGGUCCCAUGUGGGCCAUAGUGUGACUUCAUAGGCACAGAUUUCCUGUCCUCUUGUUUGGAAAUGGAAAUAUGGUCACCCUAUAUUAAACAAACUGUCCGCCCGGGCUUUUGCGCUGCACAGAGACGCUUCGCUGCCUAUGACUUUGAGAGUCAGUCACAUGCAGACUGACCAAUGAAGAGAAGGCCUCAAGUUAAGACCCUCUCCUCAUUGGUCAGUCCACACGAGGUGGGUCAAAGGUUACCCUGAGCGGGUUACGUGAUGUCAGGCAUUCAAGUAUUGCGUAUUUUUACUGCAUAUUACAGUAAAAUAUUCUGUAUAUGACAAUAUUAUGGUGAUUCUUGGGUCGUGAUGAUGGGGCCCUUUAAUAUUGUUGCCCAGGGUACAACAAAGUGUUAAUCUGGCCCUGUCUGUAAGGCUGAAGGAACGCAUCACGACGGCCGGACGAAGAAGGCAGAAGGAUCUUUGUUCCACUGUCAGAAAAAUGGUCGUCCUGAAACUCAAAUCAUCUUCAAAACAGAUCCAUGUUGGAUUACAUUUUCUAAUACUGACGUUUAAUGAAAUAAAUCACCAAAUCUAUGGUCAUUAAGAGCUUGUUUUUAGGGUUUAAUAAACAAUGUUUUAUUGUUGAGGUUUGAGACUGACCACAAAAGGAGGAUUGUUGCAUUAGCUGAGAUUUUCUUUGUCCUGCAGCCUAGCAGUGGGUGAGGAACCAGAGGAACCUCCAUGUGUUCCACUGUAGGUAGAUCCUGGCAGAUGUUCAUCCUGAUCUGAAAGACAUCUGUUGAGUUGGUGGCAGAAUAACUGCUUUUAUGACUUAGAGAACAAAAGAGCGACAGAUUAAAGGAGUCUGAUAUUCAUUUGAGUAAAUAAAAAAUCUGACUCCUCGUAAACUUUCACGCAGCUUUGUGAUAUGAAUCCUUGAGUUUUGUUCUCUGAUUAACUGUUAGAUGUUUUCAUGGACGUAAUUUUGGGGGGGGGGGACAGGGGGGACAUGUCCCCCCCACUUUUUCCAAAGUCAAGUUUUGACCCCUGCAUUUUUUACCAUCCAAAAACAAUAUUACGCUAUUUUAAAUUGACACUGGUUGAGCUCUAGGACCAAGCAGAAAACAACCAUUUGUGUUGAAGCCUGUUUCCCAUUAGAACAUACUGUAAA